CAAAAUUGGCAGUGAAUCAAAUACUUGUUCUCCCCACUGUAUGUUAGUCACAUGUCUGUGGAACUUGUUCAGUUUUUCUCAGUUGUUGAAUCUUCUUAUGUUCAUACAAAUAUUUACACGUUAAGUUUGCUGAAAAUAAACACAGCUGACAGUGAGAGGACUUUUUUUUUUUUGCUGAGUUUAUUAUUCUUACAUUUCACAUUCUUAAAAUAAAGUGGCGACCCUAACUGACCUAAGACAGGGAAUUUUUACUAGGAUUAAGUGUCAGGAAUUGUGAAACUGAGUUUAAAUGUAUUUGGCAAAGGUGUAUGUGAACUUCCGACUUGAACUGUAUUCAUGGUCAUAUUAAUUUGGGCACACCGUAGCAAAACGUUUAGAAGUGAAAAAUGAAAAUGAGCCUUAUUGUUCAAGUGGUCACUCCAUGUUUUAGUUUGUUUUCUUCCGUUUGAUGGGAAUGAAUGACACAUUUGUCUGUCAAUGCCCUCCUGACUGUGGGGUAAAGGAGGGAGGGAAGAGAGGAGGAUUGUGUUGCCUGUUAGCAGUAAUAAGAAACUGUUUGGAUGGAAGACACAUGAUCUAAAUUAACCCCCGGGACAAACACGUACAAUGGCAGCCACACGUACUCACAACUAAAAUUGCUUUCUUCUAGCUGUCACCGAUAUGCCCCUAUUGCACUAACUUUUUUUCAUAAAUUCCCCCAGCACAUAUCUCAGCUCUCUAAGAUCUAUCCUCAUGAUAUUACCACUGUUCUACGAAGAGUGAAACUAGUGUGUUCUCUCUAUAGACACUGUAUUCCAUUGUACUUACACCCAUCCAACCUUAGUCCAGUGGUAAAACAGGGGUAGUAUUGUAUACUUAACCUAUAUGGAUAGGACACGGAGAUGUUGGAUCACCAUAAUAAAGAUUAUACUUCAUAGCUUGUCUACCUGUUUAAAAAAAAAAAUAAUAAUAAUAAUAAUUAAGAAGCCUAUAUUCCCUUGUCUCUCCAUUUGAUAGGCUAUGAAUAUGACGGAAGGCUAUGAUUCAUCGUUUUUAUGCAUGGCUUUUUCCAGAUCAAACAAUUAAUGUUUUAUCUCAGUUAUUUGAAUAGCCUAAAACCUUAAUGUAGCCAGAGGACUAAUUAUAAGCGAACAAUAUCAAUAGCCGGGAAAAUCCCUCAAUGCGAGUUUGAAAACCAAAUUGUCAAUCUAUCCUCCUCCUAGGCCUAUCAUGAAAGACAUGUUAAAGUUAUGAACAGUAGCUUGUUUCCCAAAUAUUCUAGCCUAUGAAGUUCUAGCCUAGUUGUUGUGGCUUUCAAAAAUAACAGAUGAAAGUCUAUAGCCUAGACUAUUCUCAUUCACAGCUUUGAGGGAUAGUACGAACAAUAUUAUAAAUGUUUCUAUUUUAUUAGGCAAAAAAAGCUAUUAUUAUCCAGUUGUGAAGACGGUAGACUGCUUCUAUCCAGCCCAUGAUGAAGGCCUAUAACCUAGCUCACUUCAGUAAGAUGGCCCAUUCCUCUUCACUGCUCCAUCAUGUGCCUGCGCACACACACCUGCUCUGCUUCUCCACCAGAAAGUAGUAUUAGAGAAGAUUUGCCAUCGCCUGCACUUAGCCUCUGCCCAGGCUUUCAACAUUCUCUUUCGUCAUGAUUUGUCCAGUUGCAUUUGAAUUCGCACUAUAGCCCAACGGUCAUUAGCUGAUUUAAAAAAAUAUAUAUAUUUGGGGGAGUAGCCUCAAAGGGGCGACAUCAUUGUAUUGUUAGGUUUUAAAUAAACAGAGUAAAAACUCAGUAUGACUAGUAAAGCUCAAACCAGUUUAUUCACCAACAGGGUCACACAGCUGCAUAAGACAAAGACAUACAGUUGAAGUCGGAAGUUUACAUACACCUUAGCCAAAUGCAUUUAAACUCAGUUUUUCACAAUUCCUGACAUUUAAUCCAAGUAAAAAUUCCAAGUCUUAUGUUAGUUAAUGUUAGUUAGUCAGAAUAAUAGUAGAGAGAAUGAUUUAUUUCAGCUUUCAUCACAUUCCCAGUGGGUCAGAAGUUUACAUACACUCAAUUAGUAUUUGGUAGCAUUGCCUUUAAAUUGUUUAACUUGGGUCAAACGUUUCGGGUAGCCUUCCACAAGCUUCCCACAAUAAGUUGGGUGCAUUUUGGCCCAUUCCUCCUGACUGAGCUGGUGUAACUGUAGGCCUCCUUCCUCACACACGCUUAUUCAGUUCUGCCAACAUAUUUUCUAUGGGAUUGAGGUCAGGGCUUUGAUGGCCACUGCAAUACUUUGACUUUGUUGUCCUUAAGCCAUUUUGCCACAACUUUGGAAGUAUGCUUGGGGUCAUUGUUCAUUUGGAAGACCCAUUUGCGACCAAGCUUUAACUUCCUGACUGAUGUCUUGAGAUGCUGCUUCAAUAUAUCCACAUAAUUUUCUUUCCUCGUGAUGCCAUCUAUUUUGUGUAGUCCCUCCUGCAGCAAAGCACCCCCACAACAUGAUGUGCCACCCCCUGUGCUUCAUGGUUGGGAUGGUGUUCUUCGGCUUGCAAGCCUCGCCCUUUUUCCUCCAAACAUAACGAUGGUCAUUAUGGCCAAACAGUUCUAUUUUUGUUUCAUCAGACCUGGGGACAUUUCUCCAAAAAGUACAAUCUUUGUCCCCAUGUGCAGUUGCAAAUCGUAGUCUGGCUUUUUUAUGGCAGUUUUGGAGCAGUGGCUUCUUCCUUGCUGAGCGGCCUUUCAGGUUAUGUCGAUAUAGGACUCGUUUUACUGUGGAUAAAGAUACUUUUGUACCUGUUUCCUCCAGUAUCUUCACAAGGUCCUUUGCUGCUGUUCUGGGAUUGAUUUGCACUUUUCGCACAAAGCUACGUUCAUCUCUAGGAGACAGAAGACGUCUUCUUCCUGAGUGGUAUGAUGGCUGCGUAUUCCCAUUGUGUUUAUACUUGCGUACUAUUGUUUGUACAGAUGAACGUGGUACCUUCAGGCAUUUGGAAAUUGCUCCCAAGGAUGAACCAGACUUGUGGAGGUCUAUAAUUCUUUUUUUUCUGAGGUCUUGGCUGAUUUCUUUUGAUUUCCCCAUGAUGUCAAGCAAAGAUGCACUGAGUUUGAAGGUCAUCCGUGUUGCUCUUAGCCCCUCUCCUAGCGGAGGCAGACCCCUCUCCCCUUCCUGUCUUCAGGUCCCCUGGCUCGACUGGAGUUCAGGGCACCGAUGGCCUCCGUGCCCGCUUCCGCUGGAUGGCAGAACACGUGCCUGCCUUCAGGGUGCCCGGCGCACACAUCCACAUCCUCACAUCCCCUGACCAGUUCUACCACACCAUGAAGGCUCGUAUAAAGACGGCUAAGCGGCGGGUGGUGAUGGCCUCCCUGUAUCUGGGUACAGGGCCGCUGGAACAGGAGUUGGUGGACUGUAUGCAGGAAGCUCUGAAGCGUUCACAGGAGGGUGACAACCCCGACCUGCAGGUUUCCAUUCUACUUGACUACACUCGUGGCUCACGAGGUAAGACUAACUCUAGAACCAUGUUGCUGCCGUUGCUGAAGCAGUACAGCAGUCAGAUGCGUGUAUCUCUGUACCAUACCCCUGACCUGAGAGGGCUGCUCCGGCUCCUGGUCCCACAGCGCUUCAACGAGACCAUCGGGGUACAGCACAUCAAAGCUUACCUGUUUGAUGACGACCUCAUCAUCAGCGGGGCCAACCUGAGUGACUCGUACUUCACCAACAGACAGGACCGCUACGUGCUCCUGGAGAACUGUGGGGAGGUGGCCGACUUCUUCUCUGAUCUGGUGGGCGCCGUGGGUGACGUGUCGUUACAGCUACAGACCGACAACUCUGUGAGCAUGAUGUACGGCAUGGUGCACCCCUACAGAGGCAACAGGGAUGAAUUUUCGGCGUCGGCUCGGCAACACAUCAUGGAGGUGGUCAACACGGCUCAUGCGCGGCAACACAUCGCCGAAUCAGAACGUUUAGUGCGGGAGAGCGAGGGGGAGGAAGGAGGGAAGGAGGAUACUUGGGUUUUUCCUCUGGUUCAGAUGAAACCUCUGGGAAUACAGGUGGAUGAGCAGGUCACACAGCGUUUGCUGACUGAUGCAGGUCCCGGUGCGACGGUGUUUCUGACGUCGGGGUAUUUCAACCUGACCAGGGCCUACAUGUCGCUGAUUCUCGGGCUGGGCGCCGACUACCGGAUCCUCACCGCCUCCCCGGAGGUCAACGGGUUUUUCGGCGCCAAGGGCAUUGCCGGAGAGAUCCCAGCCGCCUACAUCCACAUUGCCAGACAGUUCUACAGCAAAGUGUGUCAGCUGGGACAGCAGGAGAGGGUUCACCUCCACGAGUACCACAGAGCACAAUGGACCUUCCACGCCAAGGGGUUGUGGUACUACCUACGGGGGCAAGUGCGGCCAUGCCUGACACUGAUUGGGUCUCCUAACUUUGGCUAUCGCUCUGUGCACCGGGACCUGGAGGCCCAGAUCGCCAUAGUAACAGAGAACCAGGUACUACAGGCCCAGCUGCAGGAGGAGCAGGAGAUGUUGUACCAGAGGUCUACCGAGGUGUCCAGCUCUACGUUCCAGCAGCCAGACCGCCACGUCAAACUGUGGGUCAAACUGCUUACUCCCCUCAUCAAGAACUUCUUCUGAGAGACACCUCCUAACACAGGAAGCAGACUGCGGCCAAUACCCACUUGGCAGGCUUCUCCUUGGUCUUGAGGUUGAAGGUCCAGGUGGUGGGGCCCCUCAUACAGGUCUUGUUGAUGGGACACUCCUCGUACACGUUCUUGGUCUCCUGAUGGUCCACCGGUACCGCCUUGAUGAAGAUCGGCAUGUUGGGGGUCAGCUCCUUCAGACGAGCGUCCGCUAUCAUCCCCAUCUGGGUGUCCCAGCGCGCCCCUGCACACACACUACCCCACACACACACUGUAUAAAGGGUUGAACUCUAAACAUAGAAACAUUUGUCAUCACUCCAUCCCCUGUGACUGACCAUUCAUCGCCACAUUGUGUGUAUCUACAAACGGAUCCCUUAGUUUACCAAUGCCUGAGAUAUAGUACUGAGUUUUUACUGCUGUGUGUUUUCAUUGAACUAUAAACAUUCUGUACAUAUAGACCAACAGGAGGAACUGUAGCACAGGAUGUUUUGUACAUUCAAUAAACUCUCAUUAGUUCUGUA